CACAACCAUACUAUCAACCAGUUUUCCUUCUACAGACACUGCCAGCCAUAUCAUAGCACAAAAUAAAAACAUUUUACGUGGUUUUUUUAGUAUAAUUGAAACGAAAAAAAUAGAUCUCAAAAGCUUUUCUGUUUUUAUUGUCCGCUACGUUUAUUGUCAUCGACCAAAAUGCCUAUUUUAUUGCAUUUUGGGAAAACGCAGUGGGCGUCUUCUUUGAAAUUAUCCUGCGUUGCAUUGAUGGUAUUUCUGGCCUGUCCAGUGAAUUCCAUGGAUGUGCUGGUGCCACCACAGAUCCUCACUCUCAAUGGGACUGAUGUCAGAAUCCCCUGUGCAUUCACUUCAUGCUACAAACUGGACCCCAGCAAGUUUGCCAUGAACUGGACCUAUCAGGAGACAAGCAACAGUACAGAAGAAAUUUUCAUGACCUAUAAGAACAAGAUAACACCCUUGAAGUCGACCCGAUUUGGAGAUCGAGUCAUAUUUUCUGGAAACCUGGAUAAGAACGACCUGAGCAUCACUAUCUCAAAUGUGCAGUUGACAGACGAGGGCAUCUACAACUGCUAUGUGCGCAACCCUCCAGACCGCAUUCGGGGCCACGGCAUCAUUCAGGUCUUCGUCCCGACUGAAUUGCCGCCACCAAGAGAUUCGACCAUUGCUGUUGCAAUCGGGGCAUCUGUGGGGGGAAUUCUAGCUUUGCUCAUUCUGUCCAUGGUAGUGGUGAAGUGUAUUCGCAGACAUAAGAACCAGGAGCUGAUCUCAGAUGAGCAGAAGAUGGAGGAAGAGGGCAAAGCAGAUGGAGAAGGAGGCACAGAAGAAGCAACAAAACAGCCCUAACCGCCAUCUUAGCCCUGGAGGUCUAACGGAUGGUGGAGCUCAAUCCUACACAUUCUGAAAUUUAAGCCUCCUGCCUGAAGAUAUCUAAGACCUUGUUUGACUCUUCAUCCUAUAACGGUCUCAUUCAACAUUCCUCGGUUUUCUCAUGUAGCAGUAGCAUGUCAUAAAGGAAGAUCUCCACCACAGUGCCAUGGUGUCCAGUUACCAGUGAGAAAUCACAAAGGGUUUCAAACUGCCUCUUCCACUCAAUACAACAGGUUAAGGUGAUAACUUCCUGCAGAACUCUUCGUUUAGACCACCCUUUUUUCAAAGUCAAGUAAUGUAUUUUUUUUUUCUUCUGCCACUAUUAGCACUAUUAAUAUCAGCCAUCCAGUAUUUCUGCUGAGAAUUUUCUAAAGAGAUGAAUUUUAAAUUAUACAAGGUCCUCUUACAACUGCCAAAGUGUUUUUACCCUUAUGGUGUUUAUACAUUUUAAGAGUUUCUUGAGAAAUCACUGCCCUCAACAACCUCUCAAGUGGAUGUAGAAACAUAACGUGUGUUUGUGUGUGCCUUCUCAUUGUGCCAGUUUGCUUCUGCUGGGUCUAGAAGUUUAUGUUCUUUUUACAGCAGACUAUUAGGCAGGACCAUGACUAUACAUCAGUGUUCAAAAUCUAUAAUUCGUUAGUGUACAGCACAUAGUACACCUCCAAAACAUGUACAAUCAAUGCAUGACAAUUUUCUUAUGCAUGAUACACAAUUUGCACAAAACAAAUCAUCAAUUUGCACAAGCAUCUGGCACGUUCCACAAAUAGGGUAUAUUUUGCUGUUCCAUGACAUUUUUUUUAAAGUCUUAGAGGCAUUAAUCCUAUGUUGUGUUUUUUUUUUUUUUUUUUUUUUUUUUGGACCUAUUAGAUAUUGCAUAUUUGUUAUCUAACAUGAAACAUCUAACAUGUUUUUUUUGUGUUGGUUUGUUAAUUGGUAAUUUGGACUUCCACCUAAGAGGACUUGGUCUUCUUGGACUAUCUAACAAUUAAAAUCACAGAAAAGCAUCAUAAUUUUAAAAGAUGAAAAGUAAAAGUGAGUGAAUUCUUAAUUUCUAAUUAAAUAAUUAAAUUAAAAUGCAUUUUGAGGCCCCAAAAAUAAGCUAGUUUGAAUGUUAAUAAUCUCUAUUUUCCCAAUUCUGAAUAGACAAAAGAUCAAACAAAUAUCAUACUGAGUGGCAGCUUAAUUUAUGCCAAAUUUGUUCCAAUUUGCAAAAAAAAAGAAAAAAAAAAAAGGAAUUUCAGCUAUUUUACACCCUAUUUAUGGAAAAUGCCAUUUCCAAAACAUUGCUUUCACACAUAAACAUCAUUUCAGGUGCAAUGAUUCGUUAAACAUGAUCUAUUUAUAGAUAAAAGCGAAACAACCUAUACACAAAUUUGAUUGCUAAUAUUAUAGAUUGUGUUUGACAUGUAUGUUGUGGUGUGUUAUUGAGAAUGUGUGAAUUUAUUUUACAUGAGUAUCUUAUUGAACGUAUAAGCUGUGAAAAUAAUUUUGUCAAUACUGAAUUUAUUAACCUCAUAAUCAAAUUUCACACAUAAUCAUAUAAUCUGUUCUGAAAGGCUAAAAUGGUUUUAAAUUGAGUAACAAGCAAAUGAAAGAUAACGGAUUAAUGCGCAUUUAAUGGAAAGAUUAAAAAAAUAAUCAAUUAUGCAUGACAUCAUAUCAUAUUUGUAUGCAUACAGAGGAAAUACAAAACUUUUUUUUUUUUUUUUCAUGUGAUGGGAAUCCAUUUUGAUAGUGAAACACAGUGAUUGUGAACUUUCAGUGGACUCGUGGUAAUAGACUGCAGACUGUGUAGUAGAUUAUGUAGGGAAUGGGGCAGGUCCCCUACAUACCUUCUGCUAAAUCAAACAAUUUCAACAAUUUUCAGAAUAGCCUCAGUAUUAUUACAGCAUAUUUUGUGCUAUGGUCAGGAAAUGUGAGUAUUAAAUAGUUCUAUUUGAUUAAAAAAUAAAUAUAUCAAAAUAUAUAUAAUAUGUUUGUAUAUUGUAAUCUUCUAUGAUGUCGAAAAGUAGCAGUAUAUGUCUAAUUUAAAUAUUCUGUAUAUUUAAAUUGAAAAAAAAGACAGUAUCAUAGAGAUGUAUGCUCAUUUACAAAUGGUUUUGUUCUACAAAAUGUUCUGAUAUAAAACCUCAUACAAGAUAGACAGUAUUUGUAUGCAGACCAUAGGAGUAAAGUAUUCCAGCACUUAAUUCACCAUGUAUGAUUACUUAGUGUGCAUGCUGUAACACUGCAUUCUUGCUGCACAGGCCCAAAGCCUGGAGCCACAGUGAUACUGAGGCCAGGGAGCCUCACCCUCUGCUGGGCAAAGCCGACACCCACACUGGCUUCUGUUUACUCACACUUUAACUCACUCAGUCCCCUUCUGACUGGCUUAUUUUAUUAAUUUUUUAACUGACAUAUGUGUUAUGUUACACUUCCACAUCAUAUUGUACUCCAAUACAUAUUUAAUAAAUCAAAUUAUAUUGCUUGUUGUUAUAUGAAAAUGUACUUUGAAGGAUUGCUGUGAUACCUCUAAAAUGUUGCUCCAUUUUGACCUCAAAUUCAUUGUAGGGAAUGUAUCUAUUAUUAUUGUUCAUUUGAAUGUUUAAUUCAGUAAUGCUUUAUUGUAUUAUGAACCAAAACUGAGAUUUGCAUAUUGUGUAAUCAUAACUGUUAACUGUUAUUGCUAUGUAUUCAAUGAUAAUCAUGUAUUCAAUGACACUCAGUUACAUAUGUACAUUGUAUUUUUACCACCGUGUUUUGCAUUAGAUAUUUGCAUAAUGUGAGCGACAUCAGGCAUCCACAAGAUGUUAAAAAAGGCUCCUAAAGGAUAUAAUAAAACCAUUAAGCUCAUAAUUUGAUUUGCUGCACAGCAGUUAACAUUAAGCCAGCUUCUGAAAUCCAGACUGAGGCUUAAUGAUUUUAUGGCUAGCGCUUUAGUGGUUGCCAUUCAUAGGUUUAGUUGCCAGGAAACAUGACUCCAAAUCCCUGAUUAUCUAGCCUGAUAUUAUACUGAAGGUGAAUUGUAUCAUCACAUAUAUAAUGCAACCAUGAUUGUACUGCCUUGAUGUUUUGUUUCUGUUUUGCAUUUGCCUUCAAGAUUUCAUUUGUACAUCAAGAUCAUUCAAACAUAACAUUUAUGUGGGCAUAAAAAAAUAACAGCAGUCCAGCGAGGUUGGUUGGAAUGGUUUGGGGACCAGUUUUUGCUUUAUUUUUUUCAUCAUGCAUGCCUCUGUUUAGUGUCUCGCUGAAGGUCUGACUCUGGCCUACUUUAAAUACAUACUGUAUACUUGCACUGCACCAUAACUAAGAGCUGCAUCACUGAUUGUUUUUUGUUUUGGUUUUGUCUUUUCAAUAAAAACAAAGAAACAAGG